UCACAGACCGUGUACAGGCAGGAGCCUUCACACACAGGUGGGCCGUAUGUGGACUGGGAUAAAGGAAAGACCCUCACAAAUGCUGGGGUUUUGCUCACGUCCCUGGUUACUGAAGCCAAGAGUUUCCUGACGUUCACAAUCCACCUUGGAGUUGCCUGUCUCAGCUGUGCUUACGUGAGACCGAGUGGGAUUUACACCAUGUGGCUCCGUUGGAUCCCAGUACUAAUCUCUGCUGUUGCUGGCUGCCUUGCGGUGACGAUGUUACCCAGACCCGUCCAUGUCUUCAUCAAUUCCAGUAACUUCAAUUCCAUUCUUCAAUGGGCGCCACAUGGACCCAGAGACUCCGUGUAUGAUGUUGAGUACCAGAUUUACGGCGAGGCCUGGCUGAAUAAGGCAGAGUGUUACCGCAUCUCCCAACACCGCUGUGAUUUAACCAGGGAAUUUGACCAGGAGACCAACUGGUAUUAUGCUAGAGUGAAGGCGGUGGGGCAGGGUGGCGAGUCCGAAUGGACCAUGUCAGAACGCUUCUGCCCCUUGGACAAGACUGUUAUCGGACCCCCUGAGGUGAGGUUGGGGGUCCGAGCUCGAUCCAUCGACAUCUGGCUGGAACCACCAACAGUUCACGUCAGAGACGCAGCGCGGCGUUCUAUCGAUGACAUCUUCUCCGUCGUUGAAUAUAAGGUUCAGCUCAAUGAAGCUGCCACCAAUAAGAUGGUCUUUGUCGCCCUAAAUGACAACGGAAACUUCACAUUUGAAUCUUUGGAGCCCAGUACUGAAUACUGUGGCACUGCGAAGCUGCUUUUAGAGAGAGAUAUCUUCUUAAAGGAGAGUCAGACUGCAGACUUCUGCAGCGAGACAGCGAGAGAGUGGACACUGAUGAUUGUUCUGCUAGUGACCGCGUCGGUCUUGUUUGGACUGAUGACCACGGGAAUAUUCUGCUGGAUGGUCCAUAGUUAUACAACACUUCACAUAGCGCUGCCACACGCUCUGGAUCUGGACAAGAUCCUGAUGAAGAAACAGUCGUCAUGGAAACAUUCCAUGUCCAAGCCGCAGGAAGUCACCAGCCAGAAGGCCAUGUUCCACUUUGAACAGAACAUUCUCGCGGAGGACACUGGUCUUUUCAAAUAUCACACGGCAGGAAUAUUGAGAGUGGGGGAGCUUGGCUUGGCCACAUUGUUGGGACCCUACGCACCUCAACACCACAGCACGGGCCAGCAGACCAGCGGGCCGUGUGACCUUCAGACUGACCGCUCCUCUGGGCUGGGGGACAAUGGGUGGUCUUCACCGUAUCGCUCCCAGCGUCCGUCAAACACCCAGGCGUCAGGUGAAGACGGUUCACCGACACGAGUGGAAGAUUACAUUCCUGACGCAAACACUGGCGGUUCGACCAACAGGGACAUCCCAUCGACUGCAAUGCAGGUGGACAGAGAAGGUCUUCUUUACAAGGUGGACAGGCGGAUAUUGUCCCAACGUCCUGAGAUGGAGGUGCCGAUACUACACGCAAUGGAAGGAAAACCAAGAUCACUUCUGUCACAAGAUCACAGAGAUGACAAUAAGGAAACUGAUUGUAAGAAGCAACCACUGGAAGUGACUUUGUUGCCUUGGUUGGAAGAGGAGAUCCAAUCCUGCCCCUAUAGGCCUUGUGUGCGGAGGGACACACUGCUGUCAUCGUUAACGGGCGAGGAUGAUGCUUCGAGGGUGCGGGGUCAAGGAUUGGAUGAUGAGGUAUCUAUGACCAAUGUUCCACCAAGUUACGGUUAUUUAUCCAGCCCCUUGUUGGGUGAACCCUCCUGCCUAUCCCAGCUGAUGCCUACCUGGGAUGAUGGAUGCCAGACCCAGCUGCCAAUCUUGCCUUCACCACAUAGAGACUGGCAGCAAGAGGCUUUGCCAACAAACCCUGCAGCUGGAGCGAGCUCACUGCUUGCAGCUUGGGAAAUACAGGUCCAGGUGGAUGAAUAGAUGCUAAACAGGUUUGUGAUUGCCCUGAAUGUGGACGGGUCCAGUCCUGAUGCCCGUGAUUAGUAAACCAUUGGUCAGCAGGAUGGCAACUCCUGAAGGUACACAAAAAAGCUGGAGAAACUCAGCGGGUGCAGCAGCAUCUAUGGAGCGAAGGAAAUAGGCAACGUUUCGGGCCGAAACCCUUCUUUCUGGCAACUCCUGAAGAUACUCAGUGAAUGGAGAAACCACACGUUGGAACUCAUGUUGAAGUUGAACCUUUAGCACCCGUUGUUAUUUCUGUCCAAAAACUGCGGAUCCAGACUUUCCAUCAAGUAUUAAAUUAUUUAUUUCCCUUCUGACAAUGUAAUAAAUGGCUUCACCUUAUCCUGUAUCUAUGCACUGUAAAUGGAUCGAUUGUAAUCAUGUGUUGUCUUUCCGCUGACUGGUUAGCCUGCAACACAAAGCUCUUCACUGUACCUCGAUACACGUGACAAUAAACUCAACUAAACUGAGGAACAAUUCAUAAACAAUUCCUAGCCAUGAAAGCCAACUGGUAAAGAGACUGUGGUCAGCAGAAUCUCUCACUGAAAGGCUGGCGGACAUCACAGGCAAGGAGUGUCGCAGCCACAAUGCUUCUGAUUGACCAGUAACUCUGAUCUCCUUCCCUCACCAUAGAUCCCUCUCAGCAUUUGCCGCAUUCCCGGCUUUAUCUCAGAGUUUCAGCGACUGCUGGUUCUUGCUGGUGGUUCUAUUUAUUUUUAAUCAUCUUGUAAAUCUCCUUCAGCUGCUGUUGUGAAACUGAGUCGGAUUCCUGCUCCGUCACAUUCCAUUCUCAUUGCAGCAAACAAGGCCAUCUGCAUUAGCAAAGGUGAGGUGAUCCAUGGACUCACACAGCUCAGAAACAGGCCCUUCGGCCCAACAUGCUCAUGCUGAGAUGCCCCAUCUACACUAGUCCCACCUGCCCGCGUUUGGCCCAUUUCCCCAUAAACCUGUUCUAUCCAUGUACCUGUCCAAAUGUCGUGUAAAUGUUACUUUAGCCCCUGCCUCAACUACCUCCUCCGGCAGCUCGUUCCAUGCACCCGUCCACCACCCUGUGUGUGA